AGAGGAAGAGGCCGCGGAGGCGCCGGGGGGCGGGGGAGGCGACGGAGCGGGCGGUGUCGGCGGCGGCGCCGAGGAGCCAGCGGCGGAGUCCGGGCCCCGUGCGUCUGUCCGCGCCCGGUGGAUGCGAAUCGGCUGCGGCGGCGGCGGCGGAGGAGGAGUCGGUGGGCGGGCGCCGGGCCGCUGGGAGCGCGGAGGAUGAGGGCGCUGCCGGGCGCUCCCGGCGUGGCGGCGGCCGCCGCGCUGUGGCUGCUGCUGCUGCUGCCCCGGGCCCAGGCGGACGAGCACGAGCACACGUAUCAAGAUAAAGAGGAAGUUGUUUUAUGGAUGAAUACUGUUGGGCCCUACCAUAAUCGACAAGAGACAUAUAAAUACUUUUCACUUCCAUUUUGUGUGGGGUCAAAAAGAAGUAUCGGUCAUUACCAUGAAACUCUGGGAGAAGCACUUCAAGGCGUUGAAUUGGAAUUUAGUGGUCUGGAUAUUAAAUUCAAAGAUGAUGUGAUGCCAGCCACUUACUGUGAAAUUGACUUAGAUAAAGAAAAGAGAGAUGCAUUUGUAUAUGCUAUCAAAAAUCACUACUGGUACCAGAUGUACAUAGAUGACUUACCAAUAUGGGGUAUUGUUGGUGAAGCAGAUGAAAAUGGAGAAGAUUACUAUCUUUGGACCUACAAAAAACUUGAAAUAGGGUUUAAUGGUAAUCGAAUUGUUGAUGUUAAUCUAACUAGUGAAGGAAAAGUGAAAUUGGUUCCCAAUACUAAAAUCCAGAUGUCAUAUUCAGUAAAAUGGAAAAAAUCAGAUGUAAAAUUUGAAGAUAGAUUUGACAAAUACCUUGAUCCAUCUUUUUUUCAACACAGGAUUCAUUGGUUUUCAAUUUUCAACUCCUUCAUGAUGGUUAUCUUCUUGGUGGGAUUAGUUUCAAUGAUUUUAAUGAGAACUUUAAGAAAAGAUUAUGCUCGGUACAGUAAAGAAGAAGAAAUGGAUGACAUGGAUAGAGACCUAGGAGAUGAAUAUGGAUGGAAGCAGGUGCAUGGCGAUGUAUUUAGACCAUCAAGUCACCCACUGAUAUUUUCCUCUCUCAUUGGUUCUGGAUGUCAGAUAUUUGCUGUUUCUUUCAUUGUUAUUAUUGUUGCAAUGAUAGAAGAUUUAUAUACAGAGAGGGGAUCAAUGCUCAGUACAGCCAUAUUUGUCUAUGCUGCUACGUCUCCAGUGAAUGGUUAUUUUGGAGGAAGUUUGUAUGCAAGACAAGGAGGAAGGAGAUGGAUAAAGCAGAUGUUUAUUGGGGCAUUCCUUAUCCCAGCUAUGGUGUGUGGUACUGCCUUCUUCAUCAAUUUUAUAGCCAUUUAUUACCAUGCUUCAAGAGCCAUUCCUUUUGGAACAAUGGUGGCCGUUUGUUGCAUCUGCUUUUUUGUUAUUCUUCCUCUAAAUCUUGUUGGUACAAUACUUGGCCGAAAUCUGUCAGGUCAGCCCAACUUUCCUUGUCGUGUCAAUGCUGUGCCUCGUCCCAUACCGGAGAAAAAAUGGUUUAUGGAGCCUGCAGUUAUUGUUUGCUUGGGAGGAAUUUUACCUUUUGGCUCAAUCUUCAUUGAAAUGUAUUUCAUCUUCACAUCCUUCUGGGCAUAUAAGAUCUACUAUGUCUAUGGCUUCAUGAUGCUGGUGCUGGUCAUCCUGUGCAUCGUGACUGUCUGUGUGACCAUCGUGUGCACAUACUUCCUGCUGAAUGCGGAGGACUAUAGGUGGCAAUGGACAAGUUUUCUCUCUGCUGCAUCAACUGCAAUCUAUGUUUACAUGUAUUCCUUUUACUACUAUUUUUUCAAAACAAAGAUGUAUGGCUUAUUUCAAACAUCAUUUUACUUUGGAUAUAUGGCGGUAUUUAGCACAGCCUUGGGGAUAAUGUGUGGAGCAAUUGGUUACAUGGGAACAAGUGCCUUUGUCCGAAAAAUCUAUACUAAUGUGAAAAUUGACUAGAGACCCAAGAAAACCUGGAACUUUGGAUCAAUUUCUCUUUCACAAGUGUGGAACUUGCACAGCAAAAAAAGCGCAAGAAGAGAUUUGGGCGUUAACACUGGGUACUUUGUGGGUCUAUCUUUCGAGGAUGGCGUAAAGUAACAUCUAUUUCCAUUGAUCCUAGGUUCUUACUGACUGCUUUCUCCAACUGUUCACAGCAAAUGCUUGGAUUUUAUGCAGUAGGCAUUACUACAGUACAUGGCUAAUCUUCCCAAAAACUAGCUCAUUAAAGAUGAAAUAGACCAGCUCUCUUCAGUGAAGAGGACAAAUAGUUUAUUUAAAAGCAUUUGUUCCAAUAAAAUGACUAGAGGGAAACUUGGAUGCUAAAAUUACAUGAAUAGAAAUCUUCCUAGCACUUAGUGUUUCCAUGUUACUGAAAAAUGAUGUUCCAGAAAUAUUAUUAUUUUCUCUUAUUUUUACUGCUAUCACCAACCUAUUGUGGGACAUUUUUAUAUAUUGAACCUGGGUUCUUUUUUGAGCAUUUUUCUCCCCCAAUUCAACUGCAUCUUUUUUCUAAAAGAAAGAAUUAAAAAUAUUAAAUCCUGCAUGUAAUAUAUCUGCUGUCAUCUUAGUUGAACCAGCUUCCCAUAUAUUUAUCUCAAAACCAUCCAGUUACAUCUUAAUUCCAUCCAAAGAAGAUACAGUCUGAAGAUAGAGGUGUACUCUCUACAAUGCAAUUUACUGUACAGUUAGAAAGCAAAGUGUUAAAUGGAGAACAUAUUUGUUUUAUUAAACAUUUUGAGAUUUAGAUAAACUACAUUUUAACUAAAUGUCCUAAGUGAUUAUCUUUUCUCCCCCCUCUCACCCCCCAAGUUAGUCUUACAUCUUUUUUGGGUUUGAAUGAAGGUUUUGCAUAAGAAAUUAUUAAAAACAAGGGGGGUGGGUAAUAAAUGUAUAUAACAUUAAAUAAUGUAAUGUAGGUGUAGAUUCCCAAAUGCAUUUGGUUGUACAGAUUGAUUACGGAGUACUUUUUUCUGAUGCUGAUUGGUGUAGAAAUGUGUGAAUUUGGGUAGCUUUUUACAUCUUGCCUACCAUUGCAUGACACAUUGGGGUUUCUUCAAAAUGUGUGUGUGUCUUCUUUUGGGAAGGGGGGGAUUGUUUUCUUCUGUUUCUUUUCUGAGACUCCUACACGAACUAAAUUUGUAAUUUAGAAACCUUUAAUUUUGUUAAUCUUGUCUGGGGCACUUAAGUAACAUCUAAAGCAGUAAUGCUUUAGAAUGUUAAAAUAAAAUUUCCUGACCAAAUUGUUUUGUGAAAUUAGAUGUGUUUGCAAUUUGAAGCUAUCUUUUUAAAAGGCAAUAUUAUUGAAUGCAGUUUUUAAAUAAACUGUAAAUUAUGCUUUUUUUAAUACAGAGAACUCACACUUUAAAAUCCCCAAACCUGCUUACAUCUAGAUUAUCCAGUACAGUCAGAAGUGAAUGAUAAGCCCUUUGAAUGAAAUUGUGGCACAAAGUCUGUUCAGGUUGGUGUACCCUGUAAGGGGGGUGGGGGGUAAAAGUGGUUAGGUUACUAUUGGAUGAGCAAAUAAAGAUUACAGUUUUCUGAGAAGUGAUUUUAAUUUUGAGUACAUCUUUCUGGAACUAUCCAUAAUGUGAAGUUUUCCUAGAACCAUUGAGUUUCUAGUUUAAUAGUUUGCUAUGCAAAUGACCACCUAAAAUAAUUCUGUAUAUUGGUAUUUUUAGAAGAGUCAGAACAGCUAUAUUUAAACCUUAUUGUGAAACUCAUGCCAUUCAUAGUUAUGUAAGAUGUUUUCAUUACAAAAUAUGUUUAUCAAUUAGUAAACUCUGCAUCCUAUCAUGUGGUAUGUAACGACUAUAAAGGGUAAAAAAUUUGAUAAAUUACCACUCAAGUGUGGCUGACAGAAAUUUGAUCAGAAGUUAUAGGUAAAUCCUCUUCAUACCAAAAUGUUAUAUUAAAUGUAAUACACUGGUUCUUCCAUUUUCCCUUUUUACUUACCUUUAGGAUCUUAUAAGAAAAAUGAAAAUUCAGUAUAUAGUGGCUUAUAUUUCUAACUAACAGUAUAUAGUCUGAUGGAGUGCAAAUUGGACAGCAAGCUUUUGUUAUAAUAAAAUGAAAUUUAUUUUUUCAUGAGUUGCAGGUAAGAUGUAGGGUUUUUAAAGAGUGGGUUAGCUGCUUUCAGGUACACCAGUUCUUUCUAUUAAAUUGAGCUCUGUUUGAAAUCUUUUGGAAUCUUCCGUGGAAAACAUUUUUCUAAUUUCCAUGUAUAUUAAGAGGUCCAUUAAAAUGAAUAUAAAUCACCUUGAAAAGUCCUUUAGAAAUUGUGUACUGAUCUAUGACUUCAUAGAGGGGCUGGAUGUGGUGUGUCUUGAAGAAGUUGUAAUUCACAAAUGGUUUAGCUCCCUAGCUCUCAGCUGUAGACUAGUAAAAUAAAAUAAUAUUUAAAUAAUUAAAGGAUGGGGUUUUCCCACUUCAUUAAUGCUACAUAUCUGUCUCAUUUGUUAAUGUUAUUUGCUCAACUCCCCAACUUAUGCUUUGAACACAACCAAAAACUAAAGAUUAUUUUCCCCUUGUAUCUGUAAGCAUAUUUCUCCUAAAAUUUAGAUACAUUAGUAAUUCACACACACACACACACACACACAUCUCCUUGUAUGAGAGUAGGAUAAAGGUGGAGAUGAAAAGGCUGGAGGGAUAGUGGAGCAUUCUUUAGUAGGUCAUGUUUGGGCUCCUAGAUUGCACUGGGUUUGCCCAUAAUCAAGCCCCAUACUCUUAUAAGUCAUUAUUCUGUGGGGAGAGCUGAAUGGGAAUGGUGUACUUACCUAGUGAAUGGUGUGCUUGGGUGUUUUCCAUUGAGAGUGGAUGGACCUCUUUAUAAAGAUGGUUGCUGCAAAUUCCAGUUCUUCCAAAAGCCACUUUAUUUAGGGUUUAUCCACAAAUUGUAUUCAUUUUGGUAAAGCUUUUGUUUCUUAAAUAUGUACUAUCCACAUUAUGCCAAAUGUCUUGCAAAUAAAUGUUAUUUUAAAAUUUCCUGAAUUUUUACAAAUGUAAAAAAGAAAAAAUGUAUUAAUGUAAUUUGUUCAGAAAAAGCUACAUACCGAAGGGCUUCUGUUUAUGAAGUCUGGGAAAGAAAAGCCUGUUUGUAAUCUAUACACUGUAGUUCCAUCUGGGUUUUAAGUUUAGAUUUUAGAGUGUCUUAGUGCUUUAUUCCUUUGAGUUAUUGGAACACAUAAUAAAUAGGAGUAGUUAUGUAUGAAAACACAGGUAUUUAUUAAUGUUUUAUAUCUUCAUAAAAAUUUUAAGUAUGAAUCUAUAUUUUAGCAAUCAAGAUGUUAAAUAGAUAAGUGACAAUUUUAAAAGAUCUAAAGUGUAUGCAGAAAGACUAGGCUAGAUUUAGAGGUACAGUAGAUCAGAAAGUUAGCAUACAGCUGCAGAAAUUUUAUAUGAUUUAAAUUCAGCAUGAGGAAUGAUUAUUUCCUCUUGUGAGUAUUUUCUAAAAGCUAUCUGAUUUGACAUUUUUAUUGGAGCUGUAGACAGAAGAGUGCAAAGACAAAAGUAAAAAAUUAAGUUAUUUCACUGUGCUAGGAAAUGGAAAUGAACUAUUGUGAAAGCCACUUAUAUUCAAGUAUUGGUGAACUAAGAUUGCUAAUACUUGACUGAUAAAGCAGCAUUCUGUGUGUUUAGCCCAAUUCAUCAGUUUAGGUCAUUUGAAAGUUUUAAAUGUUAUAAGUAAGAGCUUAAGGCAAGGAAGCAAUGACACGGAAUUCUAUUUGAAAGCCAACAGAGCGUGCUUGGAGAAGCAGUCCCCUCGGGCUUUUAGCUCUUUCAAAUCUGAAUCUAUAAAUCCCCACAGAGCACAGACAAUCGGUGACAGAGUUGGAAGGAAACAGUUAUUGCUUGGUGAUUACUUCCAUUUUGUACACACCCUUGGUUUGUGUAGGCCAUAUUCCAACUGGCUUUUUAGUAAUAGAAAUCCAGUAUAUAAUGUAUCAAAUACAUUUGAGGUUCUAAUCUAGUCUGUUGAACUGAAGUUGGAUUUUUAAAAGUAAUAAAAAGUUAAAUGUA